ACGCCGCCGCUCUUCCACACUUGCCAGCCGGUCGCUUUGCAGUUUGCACUGGCUCUCGCUAGAGCUAGCUCCCGACACCAGGCCGAGCACCCACAACGCGCCCGUCAGCCGGUCGACGCCGACGUGCCGCACACACACACACCAACGACAACGUCGUCCUCCCGCUGAGCCAGUGCACCGCGCCGUCCUCGCCAAGACCACCGUCUGCAUGCGCUGCUCGGACGCGACCGGACGCCUUCCACACCAAGUGCACCACCUCCUCGUCGGCCACCCUGACCGCCUCCGACGCCGCCGCCGCCGUCGUCGACAACGCCUGACGACACCCGCCGGCCGGCGCCAUGCCCAUGUCGUGUGUUGACGUCUCCGUCGGAGCGCGGAUCGUCGCCGUCCUGGGUCUGGUGAUGUCGGGCCUGGUGGUGACGCAGCUCGCCACGGAGCUGGCGCGCGGCUCCGGGGACGGCGGCGUGGCCGUCCUCCUGGGGCUGAGCCUGGACGAGCUGGACUCGCGCCAGCGGCAGUCCAUGCACAGCGACCAGCACGACCACGGCCAUGACCAGCUGCUGCUGGGCCUGGCGCACCCCAGCAACCGCGGCCGGCAGCCCUUCGAUCACUACGUGCGCGACGUCCUCGCCGCCUUCCUGGUGUACGCCGUCCUCUACAUGGGCUCCAGCGCGCUCCUCGCCUACUCCAGCCUCGUGGCGUCGCGGUGGGGCGCGCUGCCGUGGCUGCUGCUGCAGGCGCUGUCCAUCGCCUCCCAGGUGGCGCGGCUCGUGGUGCAGGUGGCGCAGCACGAGGCCGCCGACCCCGGCCACCAGGGGCAGUACGCGCCCCCCAUGGUCCCGCACCCCAACCACCCGGGCCACGAGACGUACGACGAGCACGUCCGCGAGCACAUCCGGGAGCACGAGCUCCAGCACGAGCACUCUGCCCUCGCCGGCAUCGCGGUGACGGCCGCCUACCUCGCGGUCUGCGUCUACAUGUGGAUGUUAGUGCUGGUCGCGCACCGAGAGUGGACGUCCUCCACGAAGUACCCCCGCGGCCGCGGCCUCGGCGACGAGGGCUACAGCCUGUCCAUGAUCUCCAUCCCCAUCAAGGAGACCCUCACUGCCACCGCGGCCCCGUGCGAGGCUUGACCCGCGGUCCCCAAUGCCGAGUCCCCAUGGUGUGUCUGCUCAAAUAACGCGUCUGUGAUCUUUGUAAUUUAAGCUAAAAUGUACUUUUUAAGUCUAUUCUUGUCGAACUUUUACUAUGAAUCAAAUUUUAUGUCUGUAUUUGGCCAUUGGCCACAAUUUUGAACUGAUUAUGUAUUUAUACUGGAACGGGAGUGCAUUUUAUAAUAAACGCAUUUGAUUUACAAAACAGUGA